AUGAAACUGUGUACUGAAAAUCAAUUUGCCCAUUUAUCAGACAACGCUCGAGGUAAUACGGGGCGAGCUGCACGGACACAAUCAGCUACAUACGGACUCAAAACGUGCAACAACUGGAUCAAAUCUGUGCUAAUCGCCAGAUUUACGCGAAGAAGACCAGGUGUUAGCGAUUUUGAUCCUGAAGAUCGCAGCUUGCGGCCUAACGGACGGGUGCUCGAUAUGGGCUGCGGGAAGGGAGGUGAUAUUGACAAAUGGAACAGGGCAAAGAUCGAAGAAUACGUUGGGAUCGACGUCGCGUCAGGGUCAAUCCAAGACUUCAAUGAGCGUAUACAAAGUUCCAGAAGGCGGUUGAACUUCCGGCCGCAUCUCUAUGUACUAGAUUGUUUCUCAUUUCCGAUUUCCGUGGCAGUACCUCGUGCUCUGCUGGAACCCAAGUUCGAUACCAUCAGCAUGCAGUUCUGCAUGCACUAUGCUUUCGAAUCCGAGAAGAAGGUCCGUCAAAUGCUGGAAAACAUCUCGAAUUCGCUCAGAAUAGGCGGGACAUUCUUGGGUACUACCCUGUCUGCGUCCAGACUUCUAGACCUCUUGUCACAUAUUCCCGAAGAGAGUGAAGAACUCAGCAUCGGAAACCCCUACUACAACAUCGUUUUUGACAAGCGAGAUUACGAAGGCACAUAUGGGCAUUCUUAUCGUUUCACCUUGGUUGAAGCGGUUGAGGAUUGCGCCGAAUUUAUCGUUCAUUGGGAAGCAUUCCGAGAACUUGCGCUAUCCUACGGGUUGAAAGAGGUCUAUCGAAAAGACUUUGAUGAGGUCUUCGCAGAGGAGCAGACUAAGCCCGAGUCUGUCAAGCUCGCUGAGCGCAUGGGGGUGACAACGAACGGACAUCUCAACAUGGACGCUGAGCAGUGGUCUGCAUGCUCGAUCUACAUGGCAUUCGCCUUCAUGAAGGUGAAAUAG